GUCGCUCGUUGUCGUUGUGAAACAGCAGAUGCCAUGCUGGCAGUAGCGGAGGCGGACAACAACAUGCGCAACCAGAGACAUGGUUAACUGGUCUCAGCCGCAUCCUCUUCCCCCCGACCUGUCGUUCUCUCCCCAUACUGUAGGCUGGCCGUGCGGUCUGGAGGCAUGCCAACAGUUGUCUCGACGCUGGGAGCCACUGCUACCAUCACUUCACUUGCCUUCCUCGGCCUGGUCCUCACCUCUUCAGACUCCUCGCCGGGUGCAAGCUCCAGCAGUCACCGCAACAGCAACAGCAAUAACGGCAAUCGCGACUCUGCCGCCGAUGAGCUACAGCACCACUUGCCAGACGGUCCAACCAGUGGCAAGAACAGCCGUGGCUACAUUCCAGGCACUGCGCGUGCUGCCGCCGAUAUGAGUACCACCACCACCACGACCGUUGAAACGUACAUCGCCCGCCACCAACUGUUUGCACCGCUGCCCACUCGACGCGGCGAUGGGACGAGGACGCGCUCCAAUUCCGCCAACACUCCCAUCAACAGACCAGGAAGCAAAAGGCACAGCUACGCAGGUUUCAGCACGACGGGCAUGGAUCGAUCCCUGCGGCGACCGCAGCAGCAAGAGAAGCAGCAGCGUGAAGAAUACAGCGGAGCAUCUGACACAACGCCAGCCUCUGGUCCCGCAGCCAAUGGUGCGUGGCUGCGACGCCUCUCCAGCACACUUACAACUUCACGAGAUUCGAGCCGCACUCCCAGCUCUCGAUCCCGACCAGACUCUGCUGCCGUCUCGCACUCCAAUGCCUCGCUCGCAAUCUCUCAGACCCGCUCGCCGACGCCCAUUCUCAAUGAGAGCACGAUAUCGCAGCCUGGGAACGCUCUGGGUGCCAACAAGCUGGUCAAACGCAGCGCGUCGUCGAGUAGCGCAAAUGGCUCGUCUACCUCGCGCAUUCCAGUGUUUCGAAGACCGGCCACGAGUCAUCAACGAUCCGCGACUCUGCAGAACAGACUUUCCAGUUCAGACAGGAGCAGCCGCAUGACAUCCCGCAGUGGCGCGGGGGAAACGGGAACACACGCUGCUCACCAGAGAUCAUACUUCUCGCCACGGAUUGUACUUUCCGAGCAGCUUCCAAUGUCGAAGCAGCGGGGUUCCACGGGCAUUCCCAAUCCCAUCCGGCGGUUAUAUGCCGAUAGGAAGCAUACACCGACACUGAUGUCCGCGAGAGAACUGGUCUUUGUGGACGCUGUUGGGGUGGACAAUGGUAUGAACGAGUUUGAACACAAUACGUAUUCCUCUGGGCCAGGUGUUGCAAAAAGUACAGCGUCCUCCCCAUUUCCAACACCAGUGGCGCAUUUUGAAGAAAGCGCGUCUCCGCGACGUUCUUUCUCCAUUGGAGAUCUUCUUUCCACCGGACCACAACCUCUGUGGAAACGACCCUCAACGAGCAACAGCAUCAGACCCUGGUCCUCAAGAACAAUCCGUAGACCGAGACCGGCCUCAAUGGGCGGGCUCGUCGACACGACUACACGCAACGACUCUGACCGGCCAGCAAAACGUCGCGACCUCACUGAUCCCGCAUCAUCACAGCGGAGUAUCUACUCUUCCUCGUCUAGCAACUACACUUUCCAGCCUGACAUUACGCACCAAGUGGGUCUCCAUCUGAAUGGCGAAUUGUCCCAAGCACAGAAUGCCGUGGAACCGAUAUCUGCGUCUGCGUCUCUUUCUCGUGCGCAAACACCCGAUCAGAACGGCACGCCAUUCGAUGCUGGUAUCACGACAGCAGCAAGGAUACCGAGAGGGUCUGCAACGCCAUCUGAGAUCGCAUCAAGUAUUGGCUCGGAAAGUGGGCGUCACUCAAUAGGUGGAAAUAGCACUGAUUAUCAAAGUGAUGUUUACUACGACUCGAUUCCAACAAGAACCACGCGCAGCAGUUCGGGACGUAGAGGUCCACCAAUUGAUACGAUUUUUGACGAGUCACCGCCGACCUUCUCAUCUGGCCGCAGCACCAGACUUCGGGACUUUCUGAGCGACGGGCAUGAGCAUAAUGAACGAUACAGCACGAUUGAGGAGGAAGGAAGUGUCGUCAGCACGCCAGUCAGAUCCCUCCGUAAUAGGAGCAUGACUUCCACUCCGUCAGCAAGGCCAGGUGCCAUGCAAGUGUUCUCAUCCUCUCCACCUGUGAUGCGUCUCAUGCCGGAUGCCGACGACAUCGACUGGGAACUUGCGGACGAAGAAAGGCUGGAUGGAGGCCGCAUUAUACAGCAGCGUGCCUCGAAUCCUGCCCUGGGUAAACUCCAUCCUGGUCAGACGAUACCGCCCCGAUUUAGUGCCGCGUUGAGACCUGGACACACCCGUUCUGCAAAGUCUACUCCCGACCGCCAUGGGUACUCCCCACUCGACAAGCCGAGUCUUUUCGACUGGGCGGAGCCGCAGCCAAGUCCUAGUCAUCCCAAUUGCUCUCCUCCGCGUCCACGCACCGUGCAUGGGAAAAAGGAUCAAGACAGCAGGGGGAGUCGGCCGGCUGGACGUCGACCCCCAAGUGGAAUGCAUGCCCGAAGUCACAGCGUACCAGUCGUGCCUGACUCUGACAGUAAACGCAGCAGCGUAGUAGCAAACAAGUUUGGAACUUGGGGAGUUGGCAGCAAAGGAGUCACGGAAGAUUGGAACGAUGAUUUCGACUUUGAAGAGCCUGCCGGAUCCGUUCAUGAUAAGCUCGAACAGGACUCACGGCGCGUGGAUAGUGGCCACGCUAUGUUUGUCCCAAAGUCCAUACGCGAACAACAACAGAACGUUGUCGCCAACAUCAGUCUACUGCGGGAGUGGGGCCUGUUGAUUGAAGAGCUGAAAGAACUGCGUGUACGUGCAGUCACAUUGAACAUGCUCACGGGGCCGUAUGCUCAGGCAUGGCGGGAGGUUGAUGCGAUGAUUGAGCUCGCCGAUCAAGAGAGCGAGGAAGACACACUGGAGCCUCGCCGUACGCCUCCAUCCUCGCCGGGUUUUGAUGUCACCGCGUUCGAGGACGUUACGCCUGUCAGAGCCAACAGAUUGUCCGGGCAAGCGAAGCUCGGCCCGCAAACCUCAGACCCUGAUACGUGGUCCGGAAACGAUCAUGAGCGCAGUCCCAAAUUAGUCACACGACCUCGCAAGGACUCGGAGUUGGUCGCACAGAAGGUCAUUGCGGCGCUGCAAUCGAAGCGGAGUGCAGUAGAAUCCCACGCGAUUCCAAUGCCUGGCGGACAUUACAAGAAAGUGCCCUUCGACACCGCUACGCUUCGUCACAUAGUACCAUAUGUGAGUGGUCUGAAACGCAAAGUCAAAGAUGCUCUUCGUGAGACUGAAGGUCUCUACACCAGUCCCCAGCGACGAAAGACGGUUGACAACACUGAAACCACUGCACUACGCAGCAUCUUCGGUUCCCCCCAAGAUGAUGAUGUAACGAAUCGACGACUAUCACGACGUAAACAGGCCACCGCGGAUAAUGAUGGACUCGGAUUGCCUCUGCCCGAUCAGAGUACCAGUCUCACUAAUUCUAUGGAAAAUCUGAGCAUACCUUCUCCACCUUGAGCUCAUCCAUACGGGUAGACGAUACGAGACCACUCAUGGGAUAGCAACUCCCAAUUUGUAAUACCGGUUAUUAUUGGCCUCGCAGCCAAGUUUUGCCAGAUUUUUUGUUCCACAGCAUCAAGGCGCACUGCAGGGCGUUUCCAGAAGAUUUCUGAAAAGGGCAAAGGACGGGAAGGAGUCAGAUUUUGAGCACGACAGCUGCGACCGAAAGGCGCACUGCAAGCACAGCAUAUGUAUAACAGAGCGGAAUGGCCAUUCAUGGGAGCCAGUGAGCACCUUCUUCUUCGAUGAACCAAAAGUGCUUUGGUGAAGGAUUCUUGUAACAUGCAUUUGGUCCACUUUGCGUCUGUUGCAUAGCGAGAGAGGAUGUAGGUAUACCUCUAGCAUAUGUAAGGUACCAAAGAGAGCGAGCCACGAGGCAUACACGUUCAG